AUGCACAUCUCCAACUCCAUGCUGUUGAUGACGGCGCUGACCGCUGGGUCCGCCGUCGCUCGUCUCCACGGCCACGACCGCCGUCACGCUCACCCCAAGGGUCUUGAUAUCAACCUCAACGUCGACCAGGCCCAGGCUGCCGUGACUCCUGCCCCGGAGGCACCCGAGAAGCGCGGCGUUGGUGCUGAGGUUGUCGCAACCAUCGAUGGCCAGCUGGUCUCCUGGAUCAACGAGUGGUCUGGUCAGCAAAACUCCGAGUCUUCUUCCUCUGAGGCCGCCGAGGUUGAGUCUACUGCUACUCCUACCACCACUGCCGCUCCCACUACUGCCGCCGCCUCCACCAGCGAGGCCGACGCUGUCUCCUCCGUGAGCGCUACCCCCGUCUCCUCCAGCUCCUCUUCCUCCAGCUCGAGCAACUGGGCCGACUACCCCUCUGAUGGCGACUACACCACCACUGGAUUCGGUGCUUCCACCGCUAGCAAGCGUGUUGGCUCCCUCGACUGGGACUACAUCGGCAACAUCGGUAGCCCCUGGGGUAGCAACAUGAUCCAGGUUGAGGAGAGCGCCGCCAGCGGCUACAAGCACGUCAUCCGUUUCGAGAACGACAACGAGAAGGCCUGGUCCGUCGUCAUGUGGAACUCCUACGGUCCCAGCGGUGGUCUGAACGGUUUCUGGUCUCCCAACAAGGCUCUCCACUUCACUGUUGAGUCUGGCAGCAGCAUCUUCGUCGCUAUCGAUGACGACUCUCAGGGUGGAUGGGGUGCCGCCGAGGGUGAGGAUAUGCCCACUAACUACGUCGGUGAAUACGCCUCCACCUGGGGUGAGUUCGACAUGUCCAACUCCCAGAACGACGGUUACUCCGGAUGGGAUGUCUCCUGUAUCAUCGCCCAGCUCGCCAGCAUGGAAAUCGCCGGUAUGCAGAUUUGCAACCACGAGGGUGAGAAGUGCUCCUCCAUCACGAAGGGUGCCGGUGCCGUCGUUAGCGCCUACACCUCCGCCGACCAGGGCAAGAACGACAAGGCCGUUGCCCAGUCCGCCGGUCCCGUCCGUCUCGUCGUCAACCUCGGCUGGUCCUCUUAG